UUGUACUGUAUUGGGAAAUGACAUUUUAUCUGUGGAGUCCAAUUUUAUUUCUGAUUUACUGUACUGAAUUCUGGUCGGAGUUGUCUACACCUGUGGAAGUUCUUGUUUGCACAGUGAUACCGGGCUGCUGCAAAUGUUGCCUGCGUUGUUUGACUUUGGUGUAGCUGCCGUCUCUUCCAUGUGGUGAAACCUUGUUUUGUUAGCAUGGCAGUAUGUAGGCUGUGGUUUUUUUUUUCUGUCUUGUGACAUAUUGGAUGUGUGGUGUACACUGUGACUAUAUCAAAUAAAGCACUAAGGCAGGCAACUUUUUUUUGUGAGGGUCCACAGAUUCUGCACAACUGGUUCUGAGCAGGCUAUUGCUCAACACAUAGGCAAGAAAAUGUGGCCGAACAAAGAACUGUAAGAGGGUUCUUCUGGACAAAACUACUACAUUUGUACUAAAAAUUGCAAUGGAAUACGAUUUUCCUGCUGAUAUCCAAUCCGUUUGUCAUAGUCUCCAGCAUUAGCUUGAGAGCAGGCAGCUCAGCUCAGGUUACGGAGAGAGGGAGGGCUCAACCGGGCCUCAGGCAGGGGCAGAGACAAAGACCAUCAAUCGCUGUAGGACUCUGACAGCGGCUGAGGGGGGACUGAGCUGCUUCUAGCAGCUCACCAGUGCCUCAGCAUCUUUGUGCUGUGCAAUUCGAAUUUUUUUUUUGUUAGUUUUGGAUGGUGAUAAACAUUUUUGUCCCUGGGAGAAUGGUUUUAUUUAUUAACCAAAAAUGAAGAGAAAUAGCCUGUCCUCCUUUAAUGUGUCUCUGUGGUUGCUGUUCACAACAGUGACACUUCAAGCUGUAGAAUCAGCCAAAGGAAAAUAUGCUCACAUGCUGUUUAAUGAACUCUUUGAAGACUACUCAAAUGCUCUAAGACCAGUGGAAGACACAGAUAAAGUACUGAAUGUCACUCUUCAGAUCACAUUAUCCCAAAUUAAAGAUAUGGAUGAAAGGAACCAAAUUUUGUCAGCUUACUUAUGGAUUCGACAAAGCUGGUAUGAUGCAUACCUCAAAUGGGACAAAGAUAAAUAUGAUGGGCUGGAUUCUAUCAGGAUUCCAAGCAGUUUGGUUUGGAGACCAGAUAUUGUCCUAUAUAACAAAGCUGAUGAUGACUUUUCAGAGCCUGUGAACACUAAUGUUGUGUUGAGAUAUGAUGGAAAAAUCACUUGGGAUGCCCCUGCUAUCACAAAGAGCUCAUGUGUAGUGGAUGUAUCUUAUUUUCCUUUUGAUAGCCAACAGUGCAACCUUACAUUUGGGUCCUGGACUUAUAAUGGUAAUCAGGUAGACAUCAUCAAUUCUCUUGAUAGUGGUGACCUCUCUGACUUUGUAGAAGAUGUGGAAUGGGAGAUUCAUGGUAUGCCAGCAGUUAAGAAUGUCAUCACUUAUGGCUGCUGCUCUGAGCCUUAUCCAGAUGUGACCUUCACACUGAUUUUGAAAAGGAAGUCUUCUUUCUACAUAUUUAAUUUGUUGCUUCCUUGCAUUUUGAUCUCUUUCCUGGCUCCACUGGGAUUCUAUCUCCCUGCAGACUCUGGGGAAAAAGUGUCUCUGGGUGUUACAGUUCUUCUUGCUCUGACUGUGUUCCAGCUGAUGGUUGCAGAGAUCAUGCCUCCCUCUGAAAAUGUACCCUUGAUAGGAAAGUAUUACAUAGCAACUAUGACCAUGAUAACAGCUUCCACUGCGCUGACAAUCAUUAUAAUGAAUCUCCAUCACUGUGGUUCAGAAGCAAAGCCUGUUCCACAAUGGGCCAGGGUGGUUAUUUUGGACUACAUGUCAAAAAUCUUUUUUGUUUAUGAUGUGGGUGAAAACUGCACAAGUCCAAGAAGAGAGAAGGAAGAAGAACAGAAGAAGUUAGAGGGAGAUGAAGGGUGUCAGACUAGGCACACAGAGGUAACGAGUCACCUUCCCAGCAGGAAUGAUGACUGUGAUAUCAAGGAGAAGCCCAAUGGAAAUUUCGAUAAAAGCUAUGGAGCUCAUGAUGACAUUAAUGUUAGGGAGACUGUUAAUUGCUGUUCCUGUUACAAAAUGCUGAUUAAAAAUAUUGAGUAUAUUGCUAAUUGUAUUCGAGACCAUAAAGCAAACCGGGCCAAAGGAAUUGAGUGGAGAAAAGUUGCAAAAGUGAUGGACAGGUUUUUCAUGUGGAUUUUCUUUAUCAUGGUGUUUUUUAUGAGUGUGCUGAUCAUUGGAAAAGCAGCUUAACUGAAGAUGAACAUACUCCUUUUGUAAACCUGAAUAUACUGGGUUGGCUUGUUUUGGUGAAGCUCUGGGACAGGGCUGAUUUUGAAAUCUUUGUCUUGCAUUCUGUAACAAUAAACAAAUUGAUUUUGUAGGCUGUGAUGGUGUGUUGAGCCAUUGCUCAGUGAGGGCUUUGUUAUUGACUGUCUGCCUUUUAGUGGGGGAGUGCAACCCUGAUUGAGGCUGCUGGGCAAGCACUCUGCAUUCCAUCUUGAUGGGUGUCAGCCAUGACUUCAAGCUAAAUGGGGUGGAGCAUUGCAGUGGUGGAGCAGACAGCUUUGCAGGGAGCACUACAUUCACAGGUCUGCAUUUCUGCAGCUUAUAAUUUGACCAGCCCUUCCCCCGCCAAAGUGAAUUUAUG